AUUUUAGAGCGAGAAGAAGCCAGUGAGACAAGAUUUGAUCAAAAUGAUGACGAAGCGACUGAGAUGAACACAUUGCGACCUUCAACAUCAUUGCAAUUUGGAGAAGAUUUGCUCGAACCUGUUUUGAAGAAGUACUUCAGUCACGAAUCAUUCCGACCGCUCCAAAAGGAAACGAUUGAAGCAAAUUUAGCAGGAAAAUCCGUUUUAACUGUUGUGGGGACUGGAGGUGGAAAGACUUUGAUGUUUCUGUUGCCUGGAAUACUUUCUGACAAGUUGUCACUUAUUGUAUCACCCAUAAUAUCCCUCAUCGAUGAUACAUUGCUGAGAUGCCAUAAUUUGGAAAUCUCAGUAUGUAAAUUCACUGACGAUGUACCAAUUGAGUUGCAAGAGGGCAGAAUUGUAUUUGAUGAGGUUCACACCAUUGCCACCUGGGCAGUAUGUCUGAACCUUGCAAAGUUGUCACGUCCAAAGAUUUUGCUAAAUUUCAGCAAACCCUAUUGGACAUAUUUGGAAGAUUUUUGGCUAUUAGGGAAACUGUUUACUGUGAGAAUCUGA